AAGAAAGACUCUUCUUCUUCAAAGUGCAGUCGCCAUUUUGAGAAGCUCGACCUGCUAACAUCCAGCCGUGAACGGUUGCAACGCAGCAAGACUUAAACAUUCUUGCUUUUUAAAUAACACGUCUGGAAGAUAAUUAUAAUAAUUAUCGAUGAAUCGAUUCAACAACAAUCGCGGUGGAUUCGGGAUGAACCAUUUUCAGGCACGCAGAGGCGGUGGGCCCGGCGGCCCGAUGCGCGGUGGGCUAAUGGGAAAUCCACAUUUCAGGACCCAUCCUUUUCAAAAUAACAACCAGAAUCGGAGGGGGGCGAAUAAUAACUUUAACAAACCGAACAACCAAGGGCCACAGAUGACUCCCCCGAAGCCGCAACAGAACCAGUCACAGCCCAUCAUCCCUCCGCCGAGUCCCGGCCCGGCUCUCACCAUGAAAGGCCCCAUGCAGCAGCAGCCGAAACCAGUACAGCCACAACAGACACAACAGGAGAAGCCAACAACCCCGACGCAACCGCCGACGAUUCAGUCCCCACCACCGAAACCCGCCAUCACCCCCCCGCUGGCCAACCAGACCAACAAGAAUCAGAACCAGAACCAACAGCUGAAGUCGCCGGCAGGAAAUACUAACGGACAGCAGCAGACCCCACAGCCGAGCCCGAAGGCCGCCCCUCAGCAAGACCAGAAGCCGAUCCCUCAGCAAACCCAGAAGCCGAUCCCUCAGCAAGCCCAGAAGCCGAUCCCUCAGCCAGCCCAGAAGCCGGUCCCUCAGCAAGCCCAGAAGCCGGGGCCCCAACAGGGCCACAGGCCGGGUCUUCAGCAGAGUCAGAAAAUGGGGCCCCAACAAGGCCAGAGGAUGGGCCACCAGCAGGGCCAGAGGAUGGGCCCACAACAUGGACAGAGGGCCGGGCAACAGGCGCCAAAGAAAGACGAGCGAAAUGCGCCGCAAGAAAAUACGGGUGCAAUGGAGACCGAUGGUGGCGAUUCACAGGGAGGAUUUAAAGCAACGUUGUCCAUGCUGCUGAAACCAGGUGAGAAGACCUAUACACAGCGUUGUCGCCUGUUCAUCGGUAAUCUGCCAAAUGACAUCACAGAGGAACUGUUGAAGAAAAUGUUUGCGAAGUAUGGAGAGCCAAGUGAGGUCUUUGUCAACAAAGCCAAAGGCUUUGGUUUCAUCCGACUGGAAUCCCGGGCACUUGCAGAGAUAGCAAAGGCAGAGUUGGAUGACACACCAAUGAGAGGCAGACCACUGCGUGUCCGAUUUGCCACACAUUCUGCAGCUCUGUCAAUCAAGAACCUGUCCCCGUAUGUCUCCAACGAACUUCUGGAGGAAGCAUUCUCGCAGUUUGGAAUGGUUGAGAGGGCGAUUGUGAUUGUAGAUGACCGUGGGCGCUCCUCAGGCAAGGGCAUUGUAGAGUUUGCCUCCAAACCUGCUGCCAGGAAGGCUCUGGACCGGUGCAAUGAAGGCAUCUUCUUACUCAGUUCAUCACCCCGGCCUGUUAUUGUUGAGCCACUUGAGCAGUUUGAUGAUGAAGAUGGUCUUCCAGAGAAACUAGCACAGAAGAACCCCAGAUAUCAAGCAGAGCGUGAAGAACCACCUCGCUUUGCACGUCCUGGCACUUUUGAGUUUGAGUACUCAAAGAGGUGGAAGUCGCUUGAUGAAAUGGAGAAGCAGCAGAGGCAGCAGGUGGAGAAGAACAUGCGCGAGGCCCGUGAGAAACUUGAGAGCGAGAUGGAGGAUGCUUACCACGAGCACCAGGCCAAUCUGCUCCGACAAGACUUGCUGAGGAGACAAGAGGAACUACGGCGCAUGGAGGAGAUGCACAGUCAGGAAAUGCAGAAGAGGAAAGAAAUGCAGCUCAGACAAGAGGAAGAAAGACGGCGACGAGAGGAGGAGAUGUUGCGUAAGAGGGAGAUGGAAGAACAGGUGCGUCGUCAGCGAGAGGAGAACUACAGGAUGGGCAACUUCAUGGAUAGGGACAGGGAAAUGAGAAUGAAUCCCGGUGGAGCUUUAGGCAUGGGUGACAUGCCCUUCAAUGGUUCCAACCAGAAGUUCCCAAUGGGCUUCGAGGGACAGCAGGGAAUGGGACCAGCCGCUGGAGGCCUGAUGGGCAACGAAAUGCGCAAUGAGCGCUUUGCCCAGGGUGGUCCUAGGGGAAUGGGUCCUGGUAACCCCGGGUACGGCAGGGUCCGCGAGGAAUUUGAUGGUCCCACUAAGAAACCCCGUUUUUAAACGCUGCACUUUGAUGCAUCCAGCAGCAGCAUUUGUACAGAUUUUUCAAAACCAACACAUUGAGUCGCAUUUCUUGUAUUUAAGUUGAAGUUGUUGCUAUAUUUUAGCUUGACAAUUUUCUCGUUUUAUGACAUAGUCAAUAUUUUUUCUUUUUUUUAGUUUGUAUUGUCAGUAGUAAGGUAGCUCAACCUCAUGUGAUGCGUUAGUUCUUUCUGAAACAUGUACAAUUUUCUUUUCUAGGUGUAUUAUGCUCUGUGAGUCGUGGUGACGUGAUAAUUGUAACAUUUUCUCAACUUUCUAUGGCUGUGUUUUGUGCCAUACAUUUGGAAUCAAAGCAUGUAUUAUAAUAAAGACACAUUGGUUCUA